CACGUAUAUUCUAGAGCUAGGAAUAGAAUCAUUCUAAGAGCUCAUUUUUUGUUGUUUCUUGCAUAAAAUAAUAUAUAUAUAUAUAUUUAUUGUAUACACAAAUACAUAGCUAAUUCUUCAAGCUUAACACCAGAAAAGAAGGCAAACUGAGAAUGGAAGUGACAAACAGAUACAUAACAGUAAAGGCUCAUGUAGAGGGGGAACCGACAGAGUCUGACUUUGAGAUUAAAUCUUCAACUAUUUCUACAUCAGUUCAGCCCGGUUCGAACGACAUUAUUCUGAAGAAUCUGUAUGUUUCAAUCGAUCCAUACCAGAUAAACCGAAUCAAGAGCCAUAGUGCCUCUCACACGACUUCAAGUUUUGCUGUUGUUAUCACUCCUGGAGAGACAAUUGAUGCUUAUGGAGUGGCUAGAGUUGUGGCUUCUGGGAAUCCUGAAUUUGAGAAAGGUGACUUGGUUGUAGGAAUGAUUACGUGGGGAGAAUAUUGUGUGCUAAAAGGAGAAUACAUGUUGAGGAAACUGGAUCCCAUGGGAUUUCCUCUUUCUUACCAUGUGGGGAUUUUUGCAUUUAGCGGUCUGACGGCCUAUGCGGGACUUUUUGAGGUGGGCAAGCCUAAGAAGGGUGAAAAAGUGUUUGUAUCUGCAGCUUCUGGUUCAAUAGGCCAUUUGGUUGGACAAUAUGCUAAACAGUUUGGUUGUUAUGUUGUUGGCUGCGCUGGAAGCAAAGAAAAGGUAGCCUUGUUGAAGGAAAAACUUGGAUUUGAUGAUGCGUUCAACUACAAGGAGGAAACCGACUUGAAAUCAGCUCUCAAAAGGUACUUCCCUGAUGGAAUAGAUGUCUACUUUGACAAUGUCGGGGGAGAGAUGCUAGAAGCAGCAGUAGCCAACAUGAACAUCUACGGUCGGAUUGCAGCCUGCGGGGUGAUUGCUGAGUACACAGGUGUGGGAAAGCGAGCCGCGCCGGAUAUGCUAGAGAUUGUGUACAAGAGGAUCACGAUACACGGAUUCUUGACGUCUGAUUACAUGAAUCUCUAUCCGGAUUUUCUCUCAGCCACCGUGGAUUACCUCCGCACGGGCGCAAUUCAGACGCUUGAAGACAUCUCAAGUGGUGUGGAGAGCAUUGCACCGGCUUUUGUUGGUCUGUUUCAUGGUGCUAACACUGGGAAGAAGAUUGUGAAAUUGGCAGAUGAAUGAGCUUUGAUAAGACUUCUUUUUUAGCUUGGUUGAUCAAUAAAUUAUAAUAGAUGUGUUUUUUACUUGCAAUUGUUGACUAUGUACUAUGAGAGCUUGGAAUAGUAUUGGCGCAUGUACUAAUUUCAUCUAAUUUUGGGUACGGACAAUCACAAAA